AUGAGUCCCAACCUUCAAUCAAGCCCUGCGUCCUCCCACGAGGAGUAUGAAUACAUCGUGGUCGGUUCAGGCCCAGGCGGCGGGCCGGUCGCUGCAAACCUCGCCCGUCAAGGACACAAAGUCCUUCUCCUCGAAGCAGGCGAGGAUCAAGGCCAGAAUCUCUUUGCGAAAAUUCCCCUGUUCUUCAAUGCCUUUGCAGAAGACGCCGCGGAGCGCUGGGACUUCUUCGUCAAGCACUAUGACGACCCUGGACAGGCUGCCAAGGACUCCAAGAUGACGUGGGAGACGCCUGACGGGAGCAUCUUCAUCGGGACCAACCCACCGGAGGGCUCCAAGCAGCUGGGGAUUUACUACCCACGUGCUGGGACGCUGGGAGGCUGCGCAGCCCACAACGCCCUGGUCGGCGUGCUUCCGCCUGCUGCAGACUGGGACUACAUCGCCGAACUCACCGGCGACAAGUCUUGGGAGUACAGCAAAAUCCGCCCUCUGUUCGAGCGACUUGAGCGCUGCCGCUACUUGCCUCCGGGAACGCUGGCCCACGGCUUUCACGGAUACCUCGAGACAAACCUGGGCCACAUUUCCACUGUCGAGGCCGCUAAGCCGAUGAUCGAUAGUGCGCUUGCUGUUGAGGGGCAGUAUGGGGGCAUUAUCCCCGACAUCAACCCUCUCCUUCCAUCAGAGAAGGAUGGUGUUUAUCGGCCGGCUAUGACCAUUUCCAAGCACGGUCGGCGGUCCAGUGCGAGGGACUACCUCGUGGCAACUGUAAAUGCCAAAGAUGCCCAUGGUAACAGAAAGUACCCCUUGACUAUCAGCACUCACAGUCUGGCCACCCGGGUUAUCUUCAACGAGGCCAAGCACGGCCAAAAGCCCAAGGCGGUUGGCGUGGAGGCUCUCCAAGGAAAGAGCCUCUACAAGGCCGAUCCGAGAUCCAACCCAAGGGUUUCAGGAGUCAAGAAGACUGUGUACGCAUCGAAGGAGGUGAUCGUGGCAGGUGGUGUCUUCAACACCCCGCAGCUGCUCCAGCUCAGCGGCAUUGGUCCCAAGGAUGACCUGCAGAAACUCGGGAUCGAUGUCCUGGUCGACCUGCCAGGUGUUGGCACCAAUCUGCAGGACAACUACGAGUUUGGCGUCGUCGGAAAGACUCCGACUCCACUCUCCCCGCUGGCAAAAUCAACAGGCCUAACAGCUGGAGACCCUUUGCUCAAGGAAUGGACCGAGACGGAAUCGGGCGGUCCCUAUGCCAGCAACGGAAUCGGGAUGGGCGUGUUCCACACGAGCAGCGUCGCCGAGUCCCAUCGCCCGGACACCAUGCUGUUCAGCGGCCCGUUCGCCUUCACGGGCUACUUCCCCGGGUUUUCCGCGGCCGCGAUGGGCGGCGCCGAGAACCCCUGGACGUGGGACGUCCUGAAGAUCGGCUCCCGGAACAAAGCGGCGGGGACCGUCAAGCUGAGGUCCAAGGACCCCCGCGACGUGCCUGACAUCGACUUCCGCUACUUCAAGGAGGGCGGGGACAAGGACCUCAAGGCCAUGUAUGAAGGCGUCGAGCUCGCUCGCAAGAUCAACGACGGUAUCGAGGGCUUCACCGAGAGCGUCCCCGGCCCGGACGCCACGACCGAGGAGCAGGUUAAGGAGCGUAUCCGGGGCGAGGCCUUCGGCCACCACGCCACCAGCACCGUCGCCAUCGGCGCCGACGACGACGCCAUGGCGUGCCUUGACUCCGAGUUCCGUGUACGUGGAGUGGACGGCCUUAGGGUCGUCGAUGGUUCUGUCUUUCCCCCUGAGGCAAGCAAGAAACACGGCGAUGACAACAUUCUUGAGGGUAUCCGUGAGCUAGAGGUGCUUGAGGAGGACACGCAUAUCAACUCCAUCAUCCUUGAGCAGGCGAAGCAAGGGCACAGUGCUUAG